AUGUCGAAGGGGCUAGCAGAAGGAAUCACACUGUUCAAGAAGCUGCUAUGCAGCUAUCAUAACUUGAAUGAGAGUGAACUAGAGGGAUCUCUAACUAAUGGAGACAUUCAGACUCUUUUCCAAAUAAGUGCAGACAUGAGUGAACCAAUCGAAUGCAACAUUGAAAAGUGUAAAGAGAUUCUUACAAGAUUGAAACUUGUACUUAUCCACCUACCAUCAGCUGAUCCCCUUGUGCCAAUUGCAAAAAAAGAUAUUAAUGAAUUAUUAUUGGCAAGAGAAAUUUUAGAAAAAGGAGUUAUCAUUUCAAUAAUGGACAAAGACAUAAAAGCAUUUACAAUUUAUAUAGCACAGUUAUUUUUAUAUUAUUUCGAUUUCCAAACAAUUAUUCCAAAAAGUAAUAAACAAAAUGGAAUCCUAGGUGUAUAUCUACUGUACUUAUUAUCAUCUAAUCUAAUUGGAGAUUUCCAUAUGACUUUAGAAAUUAUAUCUAUAGAAGACCAAAAUCAUGAUUAUAUAAAAUAUGUUUUAGAAUUAGAGCAGCAUAUUAUGGAUGGCUAUUUUUAUGAUGUUCUUACAAAGAAGGAUGAUAUUCCAUUGUAUCUCUAUUCAUUAUUUAUGGAGAGAUUGUACAAUACAAUUCGAUUUAAACUAGCUGAUUGUAUUUUUGCAUCUUCCAACUGUAUUUCUUCCAUUCAUGCAUGUCAGUUAUUGAAGUUUGUUGAUGAAAAUGAUUUGUAUCAAUUCAUUCGAGAGUAUAAUGAAACCAAAACUAGUCAGGGCGAAAGUAACCUUAUCUGGGAAGUGAGAAAUCAAAAAAUAUUUUUCAAUAAUCAAACCGUUUCUGUGCACGAAUUACCUUCUCUUGAAAUUUUGAAAAAUACUAUUGGAUAUGCCACAGAAUUGGAGAGAAUAGUGUGA